AAGUGCUGCGCCGGGCCCCGGAAGUCCGUUCAAAGCGAUUCCGGUUUCCCUGGGUGACGAUGGCGACUAGUUUCGAGUGGCCGUGGCAAUACCGCUUCCCUCCCUUCUUCACGCUGCAGCCCAACGUGGACACCCGGCAGAAGCAGCUGGCGGCCUGGUGCUCUCUGGUCUUGUCCUUUUGCCGCCUGCACCGGCAGUCCAGCAUGACGGUAAUGGAGGCACAAGAAAGCCCUCUCUUCAACAACAACAAGCUGCAGAGGAAACUCCCCAUGGAAUCUAUCCAGAUUGUGUUGGAGGAACUGAGGAAGAAAGGGAACCUGGAGUGGCUGGAUAAGAACAAGUCCAGCUUCUUGAUCAUGUGGCGGAGACCAGAAGAAUGGGGGAAACUUAUCUACCAGUGGGUUUCAAAGAGUGGCCAGAAUAACUCUGUAUUUACUUUUUAUGAACUAACCAAUGGAGAUGACACAGAGGAUGAGGAGUUCCAUGGGCUGGACGAGGCCACUCUUCUUCGAGCUCUGCAAGCCCUACAGCUGGAGCACAAGGCUGAGAUCAUCACAGUCAGCGAUGGCCGAGGGGUCAAGUUUUUUUAGUGGACCCCUUCCUUCUCUUCCCCCCCCUUCCUCAGUUCUCUGAAGGAGAUAGGCUCUGUUCCCACAGAUUGGAGCUUAAACCCAAAUGUAACUUAAAGGAAUUUUUCAGCUUCCUCCCAAUUGUGGGCUGGGAGAACCAUGGGAGAAUUUGGAAAAGAUAAUUCCUCUGUUACCCCACUGUUCUGCUCCAUGAGUGGGUUGAGGUAAUAACGCCAGAGAGAAAAUAUGUGCCUAGUUUCUCCUUAUCUUUCUACUCCCUCAUUCCAGACUUUGGCUGAUCCAGGGUCAGUAUACCCAUAAAACAUAGUCACACAUAUCUACAAGUACACAAUACCUACACACCUCUCCCUUCAGGUUUAGCCUGGAUCCUCUAGUAGAGGGGUAGAGGUUACAUGGAGGACCUGGCUGCAGGCAGCCCACCGGGCAUCAUAGGAAUAGGAGAUCAGAGAGGGAGAGCUGGCCAUGAAGUGCCAAGUGUGGCUCUGAUCUAUGUUAUUAAAGCUGGAUUGUUCAGCUCUCAGUGCUUUUGUCUGGGUGACUUGUGUGUGUGGGAGAAGGGGAUGAACUGAAGAUGGGGAAAGCGGAAUGUGAACGAAUGAAUCUUAGCAUAGAGAUUGGAGGGGAGGAGUAUGGAGGUUUUCCAAUGUGAAAAAGAGAGAAAGGUCCCGUGAUCUUUAAAGUGUCCACAGAGAAUUUCUGGAAACAGUUUUCACCAAAUUCUAGUCCGUUCUACUGGGGUUUAGCUAUUAAUGCUUGCUUGGCCAGCAUUGAAAAGAGGACUUUGCAAUUUGAAGAAAUACAGAUUCAAGCCAAAA